AUGGAAAUCAGGGACAUUAAAAACUUUAUAAGGGAAAACAGAGAGAUAAUCCUUUUGAUUUGUGACUUCUAUGAGACAAAGCAGAUCCCUGCGGAGAUGACCAGCCUCCGGAAAAAUUUGUCUCUGUUUCCUGUGGCAAAUAUACCCAUGAUAGAGUAUAUUCUAUCGAGCCUUUGUGAUCAGAAAUUCUUCAAUGUGGUUCUUGCAGGGAGUGAUUGCGAAGAGGUGAUAAAACAUGUCAAGAAAACAGAACUUGGGGGGAGGAUGAAUAUCAUAUCGCUUGGAUGCGAUGGGAAAUCGUUGGGAGAUCUGAUGAGACACAUCGAUGACAACGGACUUGAGUUCGACGAUCUUCUGGUCAUAUAUGCAAAUCACUAUACGAACUAUCCUCUUAGAAGUAUUAUCAAUAGGCAUAGAGAAGACAAAAGCUUUGUGAUGACUCUGUUUUUGCACCCUAACGAAAGCAACAGUAGGGUGUCGCACUUAUAUGGGUUCCGGGACAAUGAGGUUAUCUUCUACAACAAAUGUAUCAAUGAGAAGUGUAACAGUGAGAAGGUUAGAGAGGCAGUAGAAAGCGAUGGGACGAUCGAAUUCACUGCAAAUCUAUCCUCCCCGACAAUAGCAGUUGUGUCAUCGGCAAUUUUUCCACUCUUCACAGAGAACUUCGACUUCAAAACUCUUGGGGAUCUGGUUGGAGGGAUUCUUGGGUUCAACGCAUAUAACUUCAAGAUAAUGUGCUGCAGACAGGGAGAUAUGAUGGAUGUAAAUGGAAACAUAGAGCAACUCAGCAUUGAAAGAAGAAAUAGAUUUUACAGCAGGGAGAUUGUCACAUUGUACGACUACUUUAAGUUCAACGAAGAUGUCAGGGAGGGAAAAGCUGUGGACCUACUGAGAUUUAAAUGCCAUAACUCUGGGGAUUUUCGGAGCUUUGUACAGGUGGAAAGCAACUUUUUCUUCGACAUCCCGGAUGUGGAGUUCCAUGAACCGAUAUCAAAUACUGUUAUCGGAUGCGACUUGAAGUUUAAGAUGAAUCAUUUCAUCAAGAACUCGGUGGUUGGGCAUGGAUGCUUUAUCGGGGGAAACAUAGACAGAUGCAUUAUAUGGGAUGAUAUUUCGGUAAAGGAGGACUUUAUGGACCACAUAGUCUUUUCUGAGGGAAGAGUUAUUCACUACAACUACUUGGAGGAUGAGGCUGAGGAGGCUGUUUUCGAGGAGAAGGAGCCCCGAAGAGGAACAUCUUUUUUUGACGAUGUUGUGCUGUAUCUGCUUUCUGUGGUUGAGCGGGAGGAUCUGGACAGAGUGGACAUGGACGAUGUUGUCAAGCAAAUAACUCUCCUGAGAAUAGUGAGGAACGCUUCCUCUCUCGAUCUGAUAGAAGCAUUUUCGAUGUUCUUAGUGGAAAUGAUAGACUUUAACGACAUAGAUGGAUCAACGAUCAAGGCCUCCAUGUUCUUCUCUAUUCUCGACGGACACAUGAGAGAAAUAGAGAAGCAGGAGAUGCUUAUGGAUCUCAUCAUACAGGGGCUCGGGGAGUGCCCACCUGACAUCAAGAUGAACGUGGUCUUCAAGUACGGCUAUUUAUUGGUUGAGGACGGAAUCAUCUCGCGCUCUGUUUUCAAAAGAUACAACUCGAUACUAAAGACAUGGGUUCUACCUUCUGGAAGCUGA